UCUGCACCAGGUUUGAGACAUCGCCCAGUGCGGCUGGAGUAAAAUCUUCCCAAGCACAAAUGCCUUUUAAGUGGAACUCGGUUGGUAGGUUUGCGGUGCUGCGUUUGGCAAAGGGCAGAGUCAGAGAUGGCAUGCAAUGGAACCUGUGCCUUGACUGUCAGCCUGUGGUUAGGGCAGAAGUAGGAAACGAGACAUCUCAACCCCUGCCCCGGGAAUAACUGGCAACUUUAAAGAAGGAUGCUCCAUCAAGAUGAAUAUGACUUAUUCAAAAACUAACUCUCUCAUCAUCUACCUCAGUUUCUUGCUGCUUGUUCACUUAAAAAAGUCACUUUGCCUAAAAGAUGGUCCCAGGUGCCUGUCGAGCUCUUGCCAAAAGGAUCCGGAAUGUGGUGGUGCUGCCGCAGAGGGCGGCUGUGGCUGUCCGGACUCGCCAGGUGUCACCCCAGCCAAAAGGUGUGCCAAGCAACCCUACGACCCUUGCUCCUCCAGCCCGUGUCUUCACAACGCUACCUGCUCAAGCGCUGCAGGGAACCUCAGCUUUACUUGCACCUGCCCUGCGGGGUACGCCGGACCUACCUGCGAAACCGCUGCCAGCACCUGCGGCUCGCAUUUCUGCGGCCAUGGAGGCACGUGCUUGGAGGAGCCCGGUGGCCCCACUUGCCUCUGUGCAGAAGGGUACACAGGUCCCUCCUGCGAAGCUGACAUUGACGAAUGCCUUUCCAGCCCUUGCCUCAACGGAGCAGUGUGCAGGGACCGGGUCCGUGGGUACGCCUGCUACUGUGUGCCAGGGUACCAAGGGAAGCACUGUAACCUGGAAGUGAAUGAAUGUGCUUCAGAUCCUUGCCUGAAUGGUGCCACAUGCCUCAACCUGAUAGGGAAUUAUGAGUGUGUUUGCCCUCUUGAGUACACAGGUAUCAACUGUGAGCUGGAAAUUGACGAGUGUUUGUCACAGCCUUGCCUGAACGGCGGAACCUGUCAUGAUAGACUGGGUGGCUAUUACUGUUCCUGUCCACUUGGCUUCCUGGGUGAUCUCUGUGCCGUCAACAUUGAUGAGUGUGCAAGUCAGCCAUGCCUCAAUGGGGGGCAGUGUAUUGAUGGUAUCAACGGGUAUAGCUGCAACUGUACAGGCAGCGGAUAUAUGGGCCUUCACUGUGAAACGUUAAUUCCUUUCUGCUGGUUCCACCCAUGCCUCAACAAUGCUACCUGCGAGGAUGCAGUGGACAGUUACAUUUGCCACUGCUGGCCAGGCUAUGCAGGGUCUCACUGUGAAACGGACAUAAACGAGUGUAGCAGUAAUCCCUGCCUCCACGGAAGUGAGUGUGUAGAACUAUCAUGGUCGAGCUGGUAUGGAAGAAUACCAGAGCUACCCUCGGAGUUCAGCUACCAGAGAGCAUCGGGUUAUGUGUGCAGCUGCCGUGCAGGAUUCACAGGCAUCCACUGUGAAGAAGACAUUGAUGAAUGUCACAUGAACCCUUGCCAAAAUGGAGGGACCUGUGAGAAUUAUCUUGGGAAUUAUACUUGUCAUUGCCUAACCGGAGAGGAGGAGGGCAUAUAUUAUGGCGGCUGGAACUGCACAGAAGUCCUCCUCGGAUGUGUUCAACAUAAAUGCCAAAAUGGGGGGCUGUGUGUUCCUCACUUUACGGACGGACAACACAGAUUUAGCUGCAUAUGUUCAAAUGGAUAUACCGGAGUACACUGUGAAACAAUGACCACAUUGUCUUUUCAGGGAAAUGGGUUCCUUCGGGUUAACAGUAUCACAACGCCUGUCCAGGAUGGUUUCUAUAACAUAAACCUUAGGUUUCUGACUAUUCAGCCAACAACUUUUCUAUUCCACCGAGGGGACAAAAGCACAUUUGUGAAGUUGGAGUUACUGAAUGGCUACUUACACUUAUCCAUGCAAGUCAAUAAUAACCAGUCAAAGGCCUUUUUGCAUAUAGCACAGAAUGUCAGUGAUGGCGAAUGGCAUUCAGUGGAGGUAACCAUAGCAAGAGCAGUUACUCUUAAGUUACUCGACAGCUCUUGUAUAGAGCCAUGUCUCAGUAAAGCUACUGCCACCAUAGAUAGCGAUCAGCCAAUGUUUACUUUUCAGAGCACUUUUUUGGGUGGUUUGCCAGUGGGGAACAGGAGCGAUGACUCUCUACUAAACAUCUAUAAUAUGCAUUCUGCACCUUCGUUUGUAGGCUGUCUUCAGGACAUUGAAAUAGACUUGAACAUUAUAAUCCCAGAGAACAUGUCAUCUGAUUCAUCUUUAAAUGUCAAGGCAGGCUGCACCAAAAAGGAUUGGUGCGAACACCACCCUUGUCAAAACAAGGGGCGCUGCAUCAACUUGUGGCUGAGCUAUCAGUGCGAUUGCUACAGGCCCUAUGCCGAGCCAAACUGUGCUACAGAGUACAUUCCAGGAAGAUUUGGACAUGAGGAAUCCAAAGGGUUUGCUGCUUUUCCUUUAGAAGGCAGCGACGACGAAAGUGUGACAAUCUCAAUGUUUGUCCGAACACGUAAGCCUUCUGGCUUGUUGCUGUCUCUGAAAAAAGGCGCAAUCCUAUUUCUUAAGGUCUGGUUGGAAGGUGGGAAACUCCUGGCGUCAGGCCUAAGCUCUGACAAACUCCUUGGAACACAGCCUGUGAAUGAUGGAAAUUUCUAUUUGAUAUCCUUAAAAAUCAAGCCAAACAAGACCGAGCUAUUCCAGUCUUCGCAGAACCUGGGCUACAUUUCUAUCCCUGUAAUAAAAAUCCAGAGCGGUGAUAUUAUGUACAUCGGAGGAUUACCCGACGACCAAGAAACCCAUGUAAAUGGUGGAUAUUUCAAAGGCUGCAUCCAAGAUUUAAGACUGGGCAACCAACCACUGGAAUUCUUCCCUGUCACGACUUCAUCAGAUUCUGUCAUCAGAAAGAGCACGCUGAUCAACAUUGCCCCAGGCUGCAUCGGAGACAACCUCUGUCAGCCGAACCCCUGCCAAAACGGUGGCGCUUGCUAUUCAAUCUGGGAUGACUUCACUUGCACCUGCCCACCAAAUACAGCUGGGAAAGCCUGUGAGGAAGUAAAAUGGUGCGAACUCAGUCCGUGCCCCCAUGAAGCCCAGUGCCAGCUGGUGCAUCAAGGAUUUGAAUGUAUUGCCAAUGCAAUUUUUAGCGGCAGGAGCAGUGCAAUAUUUUACAGAAGCAAUGGGAACAUCAGCAGGGACCUCACCAACAUAACCUUUGGCUUUCGGACUCGGGACUCCGACGUAAUCCUGCUUUACGCAGAAAAGGAGCCAGAGUUUGUCACCAUCCGCAUCCAGAAUGCCAAAUUGGUGUUCCAGUUGCAAAGUGGCAACAGCUUGUAUACGCUGAGCCUGGCUAGCUCGCAGCCGGUGAAUGAUGGGAUCCUGCACCAGGUGACCUUCUCAAUGAUGGAGCCCUUAUCUCAGUCCUCAAGAUGGCUCAUGGAUAUAAAUGACAAGGAAGACAUCACAACAAGUACGGUUGCCACAGGAAACCUCAACUUCUUGAGAGAAGAGACAGAUAUCUACCUUGCUGACAAAGCUUUUGAUAACCUGGACGGGCUCAGAGGGUGCAUGAGCACUGUGGAAAUUGGUGGCAUCCACCUCUCCUACUUUGAAACCAUUGAUGGCUAUAUGAAGAAACCACAGGAAGAGCAGUUCCUCAAGAUAUCGGCCAACCCCGUCGUCACUGGCUGCCUUCCACUGGACGCUUGCAGCUCAAACCCUUGCAUGCACAACGGGAUAUGCGAAGACUUCUACUCUUAUUAUAGUUGCACGUGCGCCAAGGGUUGGACUGGAACCCACUGCGAAACCAACAUUGAUGAGUGUGCAUCAAAUCCCUGUGUGCACGGAAACUGCAGCGACAGAGUCGCAAUGUACAAGUGCAUAUGUGAUCUGGGGUACACGGGGUUGAGGUGCGAAGAAGACAUUGAUGACUGCCGGGGCCAUCUGUGUGCAAAUGGAGCCACCUGUGUUGAUGAGAUUAAUGGCUAUUCCUGCCUAUGUGCCGGGAAUUUCACCGGAAGGUUUUGCAGAUAUAUACGGCUACCGUCUACAGUGUGUGGGAAUGAGAUCAAAAAUAUUACCUGUUACAACUAUGGCAACUGUUCUGAGCUCCAGGGACUCUUGGAAUGCAUGUGCCUCCCAGGCUUUACAGGACGGCGAUGUGAAGUGGACAUCAACGAGUGCACCUCUGACCCAUGCCUCAACGGGGGCCUCUGCCAGAACCUGCUCAACAAAUUCAACUGCAUCUGUGACUUGAACUACGCCGGCGAUCGCUGCGAGAUAGACCUAACAACUGACCUGGCCUCCGAUAUUUUCACCGCCAUUGGCUCAGUGACACUGGCCUUGUUACUGAUCUUCCUUCUUGCGGCCACAGCUUCCGUCAUAACUUCCAACAAACGGGCUACCCAAGGAACCUACAGCCCCAGCCGCCAGGAGAAAGAGGGGUCCCGAGUCGAAAUGUGGAACAUGGUACAACCUCCCCCAAUGGAAAGGUUGAUCUAGCUUGAACGCCUGCUGUACCUCUUACGUAUAUGGAGGCCUCCGGCUACAAUGGGUUGUUCUGGAUACCAGGGAAAGGAACCCCCUCUAGACCAUGAUGACCUCUGCCAUUUAACGCAAGACCUUGGUCACUAUCCAAAGCACCAUGCACAUUAUCCCAGGUGUACCUGGGGGCUUUUCCGCUUGCCCCUUUCACCAGUAGCCUCCGAUUCUUCUGAUAUUCAUGGAAGCCUUCAUGAGAUGUGAGGGACUGCAGUUGCAAAGGGAACUGAGCACUCAGACACACGGACCUGGAAAUACUAGGGGGGCACAGAACUC